GCUGGACCGGGCGGCGUCCCUGCGCCCCGGGGCGCCCCGAAACCCUCGGGGGAGGCCGGGCCGCCCCUGGGCGGGGGCCGGCAGAGGAAAGGGAGGCUCUGCCGCGUCCCCAGCUCUGCUCGCUCCGCCCGGGGCCGGCGGCGGGCGGCGAGCGGGAGCGGGGGCGGCUCUCGGCCCCGCCGCAUCCCCGCCGCAGCGGAAGCCGCGCCCCCGCCGCCGGGGCCGGCCGGGCGCAUCCCCCCGCCCGGCGCUCCCCGCCCCGUCCCGCCGCCGCCAUGAACCCGCUCUUCGGCCCCAACCUCUUCCUCCUGCCGCAGGAGCAGCAGGGGCUGGCGGGCCCCGAGCUGCCGCCGCCGCCCGCCGCCGAGCCGCUGUCCGCGGAGCCGCCCGCCGGCCCCUUCCCCGCGCCGCCCGCCGCCAUGGCCCUCCGCAACGACCUGGGCUCCAACAUCAGCGUCCUCAAGACGCUGAACCUGCGGUUCCGCUGCUUCCUGGCCAAGGUCCACGAGCUCGAGCGGCGCAACCGGCAGCUGGAGAAGCAGCUGCAGCAGGCGCUGGAGGAGGGGGCGGGCGGCCGCGGCCGCGGGCCCCCGCGCCGGGACCAGGCGGUGCAGACCGGCUUCGUGGGUCCCAUCCGCACGCUGGGGCUGGGGCUGGGGCCGGGGCUGGGGCUGGGCUCGGCCCGGGCGCUGGGGUCGCCCGGCUCCCGGCCCGGCGGUCCCGGCCAGCCCUCCGCCUACUCGGCCGGCUCCCGCUUCAUGCCCGGCACCAUCUGGUCCUUCUCGCAAGCGCGAAGGCUCGGCCCGGGGCCCGAGACCACCCUGGUGCAGGGACCCGGCGUCUCGUGGGUCCAUCCCGACGGGGUGGGUGUGCAGAUCGACACCAUCACCCCCGAGAUCCGAGCGCUCUACAACGUGCUGGCCAAGGUGAAGAGGGAGCGCGACGAGUACAAGCGCAGAUGGGAAGAGGAGUACACGGUGCGUGUCCAGCUGCAGGACCGGGUGACUGAGCUGCAGGAGGAAGCCCAGGAGGCUGAAGCCUGCCAGGAGGAGCUGGCCAUGAAGGUGGAGCAGCUCAAGGCAGAGCUUGUUGUCUUCAAGGGACUGAUGAGCAAUAACAUCACGGAGCUGGACACCAAGAUCCAGGAGAAGGCCAUGAAGGUGGACAUGGACAUCUGCCGUCGCAUCGACAUCACUGCCAAGCUGUGUGACGUGGCACAGCAGCGGAACUGCGAGGACAUGAUCAAGAUGUUUCAGUCUCUGCACUUGUCUCCCGUUAAGGUCCCAGCCUCGGUGGGGCGGAAGCGGGAGCGCAAGCAGGUCAGCGACGAGGACACCUCGCUGUCGGAGAGCGAUGCCUCCCGGAAACCUGACGAGGAGGAGGAGGACGAGACCACGGCCAUGAGUAUCAAUGAGGAAAUGCAGAGGAUGCUGAACCAACUGAGGGAAUAUGACUUUGAGGAUGACUGUGACAGCCUCACAUGGGAGGAGACAGAAGAAACGCUGCUCCUCUGGGAGGACUUCUCUGGAUACGCCAUUGCAGCCGCAGAGGUGCAGGGGGAGCAGGAUGACAGCCUGGAAAAGGUGAUUAAGGACACGGAGUCGCUGUUCAAGAGCCGUGAGAAGGAGUACCAGGAAACCAUCGACCAAAUAGAGCUGGAACUGGCCACAGCCAAAAAUGACAUGAACCGGCACCUGCACGAGUACAUGGAAAUGUGCAGCAUGAAGCGAGGCUUGGAUGUGCAGAUGGAGACGUGCCGGCGGCUCAUCACCCAGUCUGGGGACAGAAAGUCUCCUGCCUUCACCCCGACCUCCAACAGCGAGUCAGCCCCGAAUGAGGAGAGCGAGGAGUCUGACCGUGAUCCCCCCAGCGAUGCUUCCAUCAGAUAAUGAGGGGAGGCCCGGCUCCCUCGGACCCCCUUCCUGGCACGGGGUUGCCUGAGUCACACCUGGGAGAGACUGUCAGGGACGUGGAACUGCUGGUAACCGUCUGUCGCCCAGGCUCACUCCCGUUUUGGGGUGCUUGGCAGAUCCCACACACCCCCUCACCGGAUACCUUGCAAAUGGGAAUAGCUAGAUAGACCUGAGGGCCCUUGCCCGGGCUGCUCUGCCUUCAGCCCCUUCUCUAUUCCCUUUCCCUGCUUUGGUUAACCGUGGUUCGGGCAGGGAGGCUCCAAACCUGCCAUGGUGGCGUUCUGCAGGACCUGUUCCCGGGCGCCCCCAGACCCACCUCCUCUGGUCUCCGUCCUGGUACACCUGACCUGCCCCUGCCCUCCCUGCGCUGCACGGAGCCGAACGAGAGCCGUACCUCCCUGCAAACUGGACCUGACACUGGUGCCAACUGGACGAGCCCGGGGCUCUCCCUGUCCUUGCUGCUGGCCGGGCGCCUGGCUGGUGCCCACGCCGUGCCGGGCGCCCCGAGCCCUCCCACGCCUUCUCCGGGGCGGGGGCCGAGUCCCGCUCACUGUGCACUUUGCUUUGCCGCCCGUCGGCGAUGCGCUCACGUCUGUGUUACGGGGGCGAGGUCAUUAAAUGGGACAGUUUCCUUUUCUACAGCUCGGCUGGGUGUGGGCUCUCCCUGUGCUGCCGCGGGCGAUGCGUGCCUUGAGGCGGGGCUGUGUCCAUCAGACCCCAAGCCCGCAGCAGUGGGUCUCCCCAUGGCAGUCCUGGGUGGGACAGCGGUCACAUCCCUGUUCUGAGAGCCACUGGCCCUCAACAGGCACUGGUGCUGCCUUGUUUUCAACCCAGAGCAUCAUCAAUGCAGAGGCUGAAGGAUUGAAAAUGGAACUGAUCCUGGCUUGUGAAUGUCUUCCUAUUUCCUGGCCUCUUCUGCCACACCAGGGCAUCCCAGAGCACCUUCCUGCCUGUCCUCAGUCCCAUAUCCCACCUCAGUGUAACCGCAGUGGGGGAUCCCCUGUCCCACCAUCUCCUGUGGCAUUGUCCUGGCUGGCUGCAGCACCUGCUCCUCUGGUGAUGGUGAUGGAGGCUGGGACCUGCAGGGUGUCAGGAGGGAGCGAGCAGCCUCCAGAGAGGCAGUGUGAUCCAGAAAGGCAGUGUGGGCACUGAGAAGUGGACACAGCCUGCACAGCCAAGGCAGGUGAAGCUCUGGAGAAAAAAUGCUUCCCACUAAAGGUACUGAAGGGAAGAGGAAGUACCUGGCAGUAGAUUUUUUGGAUCAUCACUAAGAUUAGGUAUGGAAGAUAAAAUGGGGGCUGAGGGAUGCAAGAGUCUCUCUGUAGCUGUGGCCUGGCUGGCUGAUGCUGAUGGGUUCCUGAGCUGGGAGCGCUGUGGCAUCCAUGCACUACAGCAGUGUCCAUGUUCGGGCAGGGUGAGGUGCUCUGCCCGUGCCUGCCCCAUUGUUAAGGCGUGUGUUGGCAUUUCAGCAGGGGCUGAGCUGGUUGGAGCAGGCAGGGAGGCGAGUCCCUGCAAAUGGCAGAAGAAUUGAGCAGGAAACAGGAAAUAAGGGUGCAGGUGGAGCGCUGUUGGUGCUGGGGAAUGGCAGUUCCUCAGGCUGUGGUCUGCUGCAGCUCCUGACUGCUGUCUUCACUUCUUGCAGGAAGUUGGGAAAGUGUUUCACGGGAGCAGCAGGGUGCUGGGAAGCAGCAGAAGCCCUGGCUGCCUGUGGGUGUGUGGGUAGAUGGGAGCUGCAUGCCUCAGUGCCUGCCAUGGCCCUCACCUCUAUGCCACCUUGUUCGGCUGUUUCCAUUUCUUCCUGUCUUCCCUCUUUAUUUUUCUACCUAAAAGAGCUGAAGCCAGAGGAAAUAUUUUACUAUUUCAGUUUUCUGCUUUCAAGUGAUGAUGCCUCACACACACAGUAGAUGAGGGUUCACUUCCUAUCCUGUCUGGAGGAUCUUCAGUUUCAUGCAAUUCCCCUUUCCUGUAGGCAUCUUUGCAGUGUUUUCUUCUCUUUCUCUCCUGAGGAGAGUUCUGUGAGUGGCUGACGACUUCUGGCUUCCCCCGUGCAUAGUCCAGGACAUGCAUACCUUUGCCUUGGUCCUGCUUAAGGAACCCACAAGACUGCAGAGUACACACCCUGAGAGAUUUCAGGCAUGAAGCACGGGAGGACUGACAUCUCUGCCUCGAGCAGUCGUUGCCCAGGGGAGCAGCAGGUGACAGACACCCAUGUCCCAGGACACGCGGCAACCCUGCUCCCACACUGCCCGCCAGGACUCCGUUUGCAGUGAAACCAAAAUCUCUGCCACCCACAUGUGCAAGAUGCUAUUCCCUGGUGCAUUGUAUCACCAGCAAGGGGCUCUGUUCCCCCACCAGUCUGACAGCCUCCAAGAUCUCCCUGGCAGGAUAUGCGGCGUGGAUCCUCUGCCUCAGCAAUUCCUCGGUAUGGGAAGCACCGCCCAAGGCCCCCGGUGUUAGCUGGGCCACCUACCUGUCUAGCUGUGGUGACCCCACAUCUUUGAUGCUGAAAUGAGAUGUGCUCCCUCCAUCUACUGAGUUCUUCUCUGUGGGCUCCUUUUCCUUCUUUGGGGAGUAUCGAGCCUGCUCUUCUGCACCACACGCCCUGCUGGGAACUGCGAUGUCCAGGAACUGCGCAGUGCGGCGUUGCUUCUUGAGUCCCUAGAGUCACCUCUGUUCCAGGACGCCUCUCGGCAGUGCCAGCUCAGGAAGCACUAUCAAGUCCUGUCUAGCUCAGUGUCGGUGCAUUAAUGUGAGUGUUUUAUACCCAAGAGCAGUCUGAGCACAGACUGAGUGGGGUUCCAUGGCAGGAUGCAUCUGGGCAGUCCCUCUGCCAGCAUUCAGCUCAGGACUGUGGCUGCUGAGUGCUGACCUCUUGAACAUUUAAGAACUUUUAGGAUUGUAUCUCUGGGCUGGCAAUAAGGUCUUCCCCCUGAAUAUUUAGGCAGACUGGUUCAUCAGCUUCUUACCCCUCAGGAAUGCUGGAAGGAAGAUUCUCCCUUGGACAGGGAGAAUUGGGUUAGAGAUCACCUAGGGAAAUGGGAUAUCCACAAAUCCAUGGCCCUUGUAGGGAUGCAUCCACAGUGCUGAGGAGCUGGUGAACACCAUAGCAGUCAUCUGUGAAGGGUCUGACAUCAGGAGAGGGGCCUGAGGCCUGGAAGAAAGCAAAUGUCUCCCCACUCUUCAAAGAGGCCAAGAAGGAGGACCCAGGAAACCAGUCAGCCUCACCUCAAUCCAAACUGAUGGAGCACCUCAUUCUUCAUUCUGGAGGUUAUCUCUAAGCAUGUGGAAUGCAGGAAGGUGAUCAGGAGAGUGGGCUUGACUUCACUAAAUGCAAAUUAUGGUUGACCAACAUGAUUGCCUUCUACCAUGAGACAACCGCCUGGAGGGUUGAGGGCAGAGCAGGGGAUAUUGUCUACCUCGACUGCAGCAAGGCUUUCAAUACUCUCUCUCACAAGAUCCUCAUAGACAAACUUAGGAAGUGUGGAGUGAAUGAGUGGGCAGUGAGGUGGGUUGGGAACUGGCUGAACAGCGGAUCCCAGAGGGUCACAGUCAGUGGCACAGGGUCUAGCUGAAGGCCUGUCACAAGUGGUGUCCCACAAGGUUCUGUACCCUUGUUUUACUCAUCAAUGCCUUGGAUGAAGGGUAGAUGCUUCCUCAUCAGAUCUUCAGAGAAGGACCUGGGGAUGUGGACAAGAAGCUCCCCAUGAGCCAGCAGGUCGUCCUGGUGUUGUCCUGGGAUGCAUUAGGAGGAGCAUUGCCAGCAGAGCAAGGGAGGUGAGGCUCCACUCAGCCCUGGUGAGGGGAAUCUGCAGUGCAAGAGAGACAUGGAGCUCCUGGAGCAGGUCUAGCAAAGGGGAAUGAAGAUUAUUAGGUGAGGAAGUGCCUCAUGAGGAAAGGUGAGGGAGCUGGGCCUGUUCAGGCUUGAUAAGAGAUGUCUGAGAGGGGACCUCAUCAAUGUCUAUGAGUAUCUGCAGGCUGGGUGUCAGAGGAAGGAGCCAGGCUCCUGUUCUUGGUGGUGCCAAGAAGACAUGAGACAACGGGCAAAAAGUGGAACACAGGAAGUUCCACCUGAACAAAGGAAGAACUUCUUUACUGUGCAGGUGUCUGAGCACUGGAGCAGAUUCCCCAGAGAGGUGGCGUCUCCCUCACUGCAGAUAUUCCAGAACCAUCUGGAGGCAAUCCUGUGCCAUAUCUUUGGGAUGACUUUGCUUGAGGAGAGGGGUUGAGACCAGAUUACUCCAGUGGUAGUUUCUUCCAUCCUUACCCAUUCUGGGAUUCUGACCAGGCCCACUAAAUUUCUUGAUGAAUCCUAGCAGAUGUUCCCACAGAGAGGGUGGGGAGCAUCACUUUCCUUGCACCUGACCACACGAGUGAUGCUUUACUUGCUUCUGUGGGUUCAGGAAACCUAACCACUAACUAGCCUACAUCUUCUUCCUUGCGUUACCCUCCCUUCACUGAUUCCUGGAUCCCAUCUCUUUUAGAUCCUAUCACUGAAAGAGUCUGACUUGUAUGUCAAGUUAGUCAAGGUCCUGUGUUUUCCACCCAGCACCCUCCUGCUGGAGGCACUUUGCCACCCAUCCCGCAUGACUCGUGGUGGUGUGAGUUACCUUUCCCCGUAUCAGGAUUCCUUGGAUAGACCCAGAUGGGAUGCUGACAGCCUUCACCAGAACACCUUUGGGUUCCAGCUAACCUGUUUUAUUAUUUUAUUUAUCAUGUUUCUUAGUCAAGAGCUAGGAGAGGACAAAGCUACAUAGAAAGGUGUUCUUGUUUCUCAGUUGGAUCCGGAAGCUUGACUUUCCUAAGCCUUUUACCUUUGGCCAUACUCUUUGUACAUUUAUGGUUGCUGUGUCUCAGGUACCUGUGACACAGGGUGCCCCAGAACUCACCGGUGAUGACCAAGUAGGUCAAGUACUCUGGCUACAGGGAAGAAACUUCCUUUCAAGAGGAGAGGUCAGAAUUAAUGCAGAACACGGUGGAGGUACUGUCUCCUUGGGAAUACACCUGGAUGAUGCAGGGACAUGCUCCUGAAAACAUCUGGCAAGCUGCUGCACGUGAUGAUUAAUGCUAGGAGUGAUGGUAAAGCCAUCAGGAUCAAGCUGGACAAAUGUCACAACAGAUGGGAAGAGGCAGCAUUUCCAGCUUCAAGAGCAGACUGCAUCUGGCAAAGUGCAAGAGGAAAUAGAAAUCAGCAGGGUAGGAAGAAAUGUAGUUAACUGAUAUUUUUAAAGGUCACAGCCAUAUAGUAGAACUGCUAGAUCGGUCUGACCUGUUGGAUAAGGGAGUGAAUUUGGUUUACAAGUGAUGUUAAAAGUCAUAUUCACUCUAUAUAUCUAUAUAUAAUAUAUAGAUAUAUAUAAUCUAUAUAUAGAGUUGAUAGCCAAACAUGCUCUGACAUACAAUUUCAUCAAGGCAUUGAAGGGUCUUCUAUAAAUACUCCUGAAUCCCCCCAAAAAACAUUUAUUUUUUAAAUAUCUGCCUGUUUUGCUUUGCUUAAAGAAAAAUUGUGUUGUCAAUAGGAGACUUUGGCUUGGGAUACCAAAGAAUAUGCUGUGCCAGGGGGAAUUUCUCAUCAAUUUACAAGUGAUGGAAUGCCCAAGUAAGGCAAUGAUUUUGGAUGUCCUUAUGACAGAUGAAGAUUGGGUAAAGAUUGAUGGUUGCCUAAGGACAAGGGAUCAACCGAGAAACAAAUUGAGACAUCAGCCAGGACAAAAUGUCACAGCUGAGAGCUGUGUGUUGUCCUGUAACUUCUCCUUAGAGUGAAACAAGUGAACUUGCAGAUCUGGAAACAGCAGUAUUUUUCCAGUUUUUCAAAAAGCUGUGAUUUAGUAACAUAAGAUAACUUUCAGUGAGUGAACUUCCUUGAGUAAGUGACCAUGUGACAAAAGUACUUAGAAAUAAGAAUAACUGAUAGAAAUAAUAAUAAAGCUUGACCUACAUUAACAAAAAAUAAUCCUUGUAACAACUACAGCAACUGUGGUUAGGAGAAAAGGAAUAGAGGGACAAGAGAAUAAUUCAGCUGUCUGAAGAAAAGGUCUUCAGCUGCUUGUAUCACCUCAGAGAAAAAUAACAAUACUUGAAUGUUUAAGGAACUAACAUGCUGUUCUAGUUAUAUUUAAAGAAAAAUCAAUCCUAACAGUAAUAUUUUCUUUUUAUUGGCUGAAAUCAGGAAAAUAAUCAAAACAAGACAAAAAAAAAAAGAGAAGUACUCACCAGAUAAGUCUGCUCUGUGUAUGGAAAAUGCAGAAUGUGCUCAGAGGGGAAUGAUGAAGCACUUUCCAGGCAGUUAGCAAUAAGGAGGAUCCUUGACAGGAUCUCCAGCUGAGCACUGCUGCAGUUCCAGGCACAGAUGACCUGGAGCACACUAACCUGUGGGUGCAUGGGGUGCUGUAGGGAUGAGCAAGCCCCCACACAGAGCCUGAGGCUGCCUGGGGAGUUGGAGUGAGCAGUGCUGAAAGCAAAAGCUCCCGCAAACGGUGUCUGCACAGCGCGGUAACCUCCACCCAGAGAGGAAAACACUGGCUGCUGCAAUCCGUGGUUUGCCGAGGUCAGUUUUUAAAAGCAUCAGGGAAGUCAUUUAAAGAAAAGCCUGGGUGGAUGGGCAAGCAAAUGACGUCAGUGCUUAGUCUGACAGGGCAUGGAUGAAAGCCAAUGAGAAACCAGUGGAGGGGGGAGGAGGCGAGAAAUCAUGAAGGGAUGGGAAAAAAUCUGCAGUUUAAGGAAUAUUUAUAGAAGGGCAAGGAAUUGACAGACAAAACUGAUACCAUUUUUGAUAUGUGGAAAUGACACAGACUCUCAAAAGAGCUAAAUGUCUUGGUCAAAAGUGCCAGGAAGCAUUGCAGAAUAUUUCUGAAUAGGGUGAAAAGAGAAGUUCUGUUGCCAGACAUACAUAGCCAUGCAUAGAUACAUCCAAGAGCAAGAAAUAGUGACUGACCUUGCCUGGGAGAACAGAAGGGUUGGGAAGACCUAGGGAGCAGGGCUCACGUGCAAUCAUGUGCAAGUUCUCAGCCAGACACUGAGGAUGUCUUUAAACAUCUUUUAUCCACAUGUCACAUUGGUGUCCUUUGUCCUGCUUUGCAUCAGAAAUUGGAAGAGAUGGACCAAGGACUCCUAACCAUGAUUCCAGGCUGGAAAAAAAUGUUUUGAAAGUGAAAAGUUUAGUUCCUUUGCUCCUAAAAAGAAAGGCAAGUGAGCAUUUUCGCACAGUGCCUGAGAUCCCUUCAUGAUGUUGGUCUACAUGGCAGUUUAGUCAGGCUGAUAAAGGCGUACGAGGAUUCUGAGGAGAUGGGGAAGCUGGAGGCCUUGUGAGGUUUGGUACUUGGUGUCCAGCACCUAAACCAAUAUCCAACUUGGCAGCUAAAAAACUGGAGACUGCAGAGAUACACACCACCUUUUUUUUUUUUUUAAAUUUUUCCCUUCUGUCACAGGACUCAGACCAAGGUCAACAAAAGUUGCUCACUUGUUUGUUGGAGGUUUGGGCAAUGUCAAAAGAGGGCUUUGAGGCCUGCAUGUAGUAUUUCUCACUUGGCAACCUUGAAUUUCAUCCAGCAUUUUAAUAACCCAGUCACUCAGUCACAAGAUCCUUCUGCACCUUUCCACAGGCUCAUUCAGGGCUGAAUGCUUUGGGUCAUUUUGCAUAAUCAACACACCCUGUGCUCCACAUUUUUCUGGAAGUGUUGAUUGGUGGGGUAGAUGGCCCCAGAUGCUGGCCACUCACAUCUCUCAGUUGCAACCAGCCUUGCCACAAGUUUUCAGCCUGGAGAGGCUUGUCUUCCCUGUCCUCAGGCAGUUCUCUGAAAGGUUUUGCCAGCCUGCUUUUCCUAAAUUCCAUUGCUUUUCAUCAUGGGGGGCUGAGGUGAGUGGUGAGUUACUUGCAGCACAGUUAUCUGUUCAUCCAUUUCAUGCUGGAGACCACCUGAGUCUCACAUGUGGUUUGCUGCCCUUCAUGUCACAGACAUGUUCUCAAGUCUUGAUGCUUCAGUUUUCAGUGGAGACUCCAUCUCAUUGCUGCUGAGGGAAAUCUCCUGUCUGGCAACCCCUGAAAGCUCCUCUGACAGCAAAACAUCAACUUUACUUUUUAUUCUGGACUUAAGCUUCCCUAAUCACUCCCACACCAUCUUACAGCUUUUUGGCAGCUUUCUUAUCUCCAAGAUGCAUUUGAAAGAGGUUUUCAGCCUUCCUUUUCUAUUUGUCACAGAAUAUCCUUUUUUUCCCCCCUUUACAGUUACUAAGUCUAAUUUACUAGUAUUUAUGAGUUUUUCUUUUGUUUUCAUUUGACUACAGCUUCUGCUUUUUGACAGCUGCCCUUUCAAAUCUUACGCUGUGAAGUAUAACCCAGCACUACUGUUCCUUCCAGGGAACAUUUAAUUAACUCCCUCAAGAAGAUGAUACUUCUGUAGUAAGGUAAUUUAUGGAGGUAAGUCAGCUGUCCUAGAGUAAGAGAUUACAAUCAGCUCAGAAGAGUAAGUAACAAAUUACUUGUUUUUGCAGCACGUAUACAUUGUGAUUGCCCAAAGGUAGGCAGCUUGGUUUUGAUGAAAUGUGAGCACUGCUGGAGCCUGCAGGGGUAUUUGCAUACCCUUAGUCAUGAACCUGCAUUUUGUGAAUGGCAUCAGUUAUGAAGGAGGUUGAAACAUCACCCUUUAAGAUGUUUGUCUUUUGUAACUGUGUCAUAAGUCUUUCAGAGACUUGUAUCUCCUCUUCCUUGCCCUGGUCUUGCCAAUUGCUUUGCUUAAAUACUGAUUUACUUUAAAAGUGGAUACAGGAUGUUUUAAAUGUCCAAGACCUUUUUUCACUGUGCUUACACAGUUACAAUAUUUUGUUAUGUUUUGGAGUGAUUUUUCAAGUGAACUUAAUUAUUUUCCACAUCUGCUCAAGCUGGUUUUCACUACCUGGCAUCUUCCUUAAUGCUGAGGUUUCAUGCUGACAUCUCAACGUGAAGGUGGUCUGAGGACCUUUCUUGGGGAAGCAGUGCAUGUGUAGUAGUCUGUGCAAAUGCCAAAGAAGUAUGAAAAUUUAUCUAAAUGUUCAAAGUGAUCAUAAAACUAAAUUUUCUGUAACACCACUGCUAGUUACCCUUAGCUGUCUUAAAAAUAGAAGAAUAAAACAUAGAGCUUAUCACCCCUAGAAAUGGUUGGCUGCCCAUCAGAGAAGCUGUGUCUUGGGUCACCAGAGAGCUUUCCCAGGUGCAUCCCUCUCCUACAUGGCUCUGCACAGUGAGCCCUGGUGCCUGGCCAGCCAAGGAAGGCAGAGUCAACCCCUCAGCCAGGAUCAGUGUCUUUCUGUACCUUCCCCUUGCAAGGUGCUCACAAACCAGGAUGGAUUCUGGCUUGUGGCUGCUGCUCUUGGAGUUGGUUUGUCCCAGCAAAGUGGCACAAUCGCUUCUCACUACCUUGCUGAAUGAGAGCCUCUUCAUGUCUGCCUGAGCACCUGCCUUGCCUGACCAAGCAUUUCUGUCUGCUUUCCAUAAUAACACUGUCAGCAAACCUAGAGCUCCCCUACUUGGGGGAAAACUCCUCUCCAGAGACAGAAGGAGCUGCCACAGAUCUCUCAUCUUUAUUUCACUGCCAUCCACAGUCACAUAUGUCAAUUUUGCAAACUGAUGGGAAAAAAAAAUGACAUGGGGUUUUUUAGGUCAGGGUUGCAGUUCUCAGACAGGCUGGUCACUGAGCUAGUUUUUCCAUCUGUCCAGAGGGGCCUUGCUGUGGUGCCAUCUGUAGGCACAGUGUCUGGAUGCAAAAGAAGGAUUUGGAAGAGUUGUACAUUUUAGGGAGGUAACAUUAGAGAGAGGAAACCAAGGCCUCCAGGCAGUCCAAAAGCUGCAUGACUAGUUUGCCACACUCACUCUCCCUGUUUCCAUACAAGACCAACCAUGUUUUAAAUGCUGUGAUUCCUGGCUUUCCUCGCCUCAAUACCAUAUAAUGGUAUUGAGGAGAGAUGAGAUUGUAAACCAGUUGAAAUGGUAUUUGAAAACAGAGUGAAACUUUUUAAGAGAUUCCCAGCUGUUGGUCUGACAGCACAUACUCUUCCUCCACCCUGAGGCUGUAUGACUUUGCUCAUUCUCAGAGCAAUUUGAUCUCGAGUUGGAUAGGGUUCAUGCUUGUUAAAUAACAAGAAUUCUUUGCUCUAGAAUUUUCAGGUAGUCUUAUCUCAUUUAGGAAACAUAAGGCUUUUUAAGAGAAAGAUUUGACUCACAUAAAUGUUCCAGCUUUUAACCUAGUUCAAAAUAUGUUUUACAUGAGAAAACAGGACCUCUAUCCUCCCCCCUUUAGAUGUUUCAGUAGCCUCUCUGCACUUCCAGAUUCUCAAGCAAGGUACUGACUGGCACACACACAAUGUGCAGGCAGCAGCACAGCCAUUCAAAGCACCCGAGCACAGCAAUCAAGGACAGGAUGGGACCAACCCAAGACUCAUUUGUAAUCUUGACAGGUCUCCAGGCUACACAGCCCCCCCAGCAGAAACCCAGCUCCAUGGGAGGGCUGCCUCCAGUGAGCUCCAGCACCAGGCAGCUCCCAUUUGACGCCAGAGUUACCUAAAGCUCCAAUGACGGGGCCAUUUGUGGUGCAAUCCAAGUGUUUCUGCUGUCCCAGGGCUAACAAGCUGCUCAGAAUCCCAGUUCCUAUCCAGAGGCAGGUUAUUUAACCUCUUCUCUUUGCAAAAUAACUUUUGAGUCAUCGCCCUCUAGUCCAGCAAACAUUUAAUUCUUACGCAGCCCAGCUGCUGGAGAUAAGCGGCUCUGGGAAACUGUGUCCGGCAUACCUUGAUCCUGGGAGUUUAAAUCCUCCAGCUUACGUCCUUGCAGCAUCCAGAUCAGGGUCUAAAGCAGUUGGGGUCCGGACAACAGCUCCAACCGUGCCUGCCAGGGAAAGAGCACAUCAGCCCAGAGAUGCUAAAUUAAGCUGCUAAAAAUGGAGGUCCACGUGAUUGUGUGCAGUGCGCUGCUUAUCUGUCCUGGUGCUCACAGGUCAUGGAAGGCUCCCUCACUGCCCAACGACAUUCAUGCUUCCAGAACUAAUGCAGGGAGGCAGAAGGCUGACACUCACCUUGCAGAGAUUUGCUGCUCAGCAGCUUAACUGCAACUGCCCCUCCUUACGCACAGAAUUAAGCCAGAAUUAAGACUGGCCACCACCAUGCCGACGAUGGCCUCCAACACGUCCCUAGGCAGCCAUUUCCUCCGGGGCUAAGCCAAUUCAUUUUAAAAGGUAAAAGCAAGUGAAAUACCCGCCUUGUAAUACCAGGAAAUAUCUUCCUUGUCCCCUGCAGAGGCAGGGGAAGGAGAAUCAGUUUCUUGUGCCCCUUUACCAAACCAAAUCCAUGAGUCAUCUGCUCAGCACUUCUAUUCUGCACGCGCCCAUCAGACAAGCAAAUCCAGAUCGAGGUGGCUGGAGUCACAGAGCCGCUUGCCAUCGUACCACGCAGAGUCCUGCUGUGGGGCACAGCCCUGCACCACACCUUGUUUUGGCUCGGGGGCUGGACUCUGGGCUCUCCCACGUGGAACAAGCAGCUCAGCAGGCUGCACUCCCCAGCUUGCUUCUCACUGCAGCUGGCACAGACUGUGCCAUGCAGGCGCCUGCAGCUGCUCAAUACAUCUGUGCCCCCUCCUCCCAUCUCCCCCUGACAGACAGACAAGGCUUUUCAGAUGGUGAUCACUUUUAUUGAUGUAAGGUGGUACACAAACAGAUCAGUUUCUAUCAGCCUCUCCACCUCCCCCAGGCUCGGGGAGAAGUUGGAGGAGUGGGGGAGACAAGGGAACAGAACUGGCCUCUCACUGCAGGAUGCAGAGCUAAGCGGUGGUGAACAAGGGCAGGGGCUCCAACAAAGGAGAGUCCUGCUUCCCUAGGCAGCAGGGGGGGCUGUGUGCUCAGCUUACUCCUUGGAUGCCAUGUGGACCAUCAAGUCCACAACACGGUUGCUGUAUCCAUAUUCAUUAUCAUACCUGG